AUGGGGAGGGUGUUUGUGGUUGAGCUUGAUGGAAGGUCUUAUAGAUGCAAGUUUUGUAGAACUCACUUGGCUCUCCCUGAUGAUCUUGUUUCCAGCUCCUUCCAUUGUCGCCGGGGGAAAGCCUAUCUCUUCAAUGACGCGGUGAAUAUAACAGUUAGAGCCCUAGAAGAGAGGCUGAUGCUUUCCGGAAUGCAUACCGUGGCUGAUAUAUUUUGCUGCUGCUGCGGACAAAUUGUUGGCUGGAAAUAUGAGGCAGCAUAUGAGAAGAGUCAAAAGUACAAAGAAGGAAAAUUUGUUCUCGAGCGGGGGAGGAUUGUUGAUGAAAUCGAUUGCGCAUCAGAAGUAUACAUCGAUACUUGUCCUAGUAUGAGUGACGGCGAAGAUGCUUAGAAUGUUGUAACUUGUAGCCACUGUAUCUGAAGCAAGAUCUAAUAAGGGAAGGAGUAAAUUUUGUAGAUUAUAUAAAGAAAUAAUGCAAUGAUUGCCAUGUAAGAUUAGGUGUUGUAACUUGAUUCCAAUGAGUACUUCAAUUAUGAUACAAGUUGCAUAUUUUCUCAGUGAUUA